AGGGAGUGAAUGGAAUAGCCAGCAAGAUCUGCAAUGCAGAGAGAAAUGGAUGUUGAAUAACCGAGCUUCGUAAUAUUCCUGCGAAAUGCCUGUUCGAAGGGGACAUGUGGCCCCUCAGAAUACAUUUAUUGAUACAAUUAUAAGGAAGUUCGACGGACAAAAUCGGAACUUUAUAAUUGCAAAUGCCCAGUUGGACAAUCGGCCAGUGAUAUUCUGUAACGAUGGCUUCUGUGACAUGUGUGACUAUUCACGUGCUGAAGUCAUGCAGAAGAACUGCUCUUGUGACUUUCUCCAUGGUCCACUCACUGCUGCAUCCGCGAUACGCGCAAUCAAGGAGUGUUUACGGGGAACAGAGGAAAAACAAAUUGAGAUUUUAUACUAUAAGAAAGAUGGGACAAAGUUCUUAUGCAGUGUUUUAUUGGCUCCUGUCAAGAAUGAGAAUGGUGACAUCAUAAUGUUUAUUCUGAACUUUGAGGAUAUCACUGAUGCACCCAUUCGCAAUGAUCUCAACAAUAUUACAACAACUAAAAAUAGCAACAAUAUGUUUAAACUGCGUAUGCCUUCAAUACGUAGGGAGCUCAAACGGGUGAAAAAGAAGCGACAAAAAGAUCCAGAAAAUCCAAUGGUAGACGAGGAGGCAGUGCCUUUAAAUCGUAUAACAGAGGUACCAAAUCAGCCAUACACACCCACCCAAGAUAAGCUCACUGAAAACUGUGCAAGAGAUGGUGUCGUGCUGCAGAAUAGCCAAGUGCAAGGAAACCAUUUGAAGAAUUUCCUAAAUCAAGCAUCUAGCGAUUCUGACCUCAGUAGACACAAGGCUAACCUCAUCUCUAACAGUCUUACCAAUAUAGCAAAUGAGGUCAUCUUUAAAAAAUCCCAGGAUAAAGACUCAAUCAUAUCAUCAUCAAAAGGCCUUUUUCUUCCCAGUGUACAGAAUGUUAAAAAUAAUGUCAGUGAAAAAGUUGCUCAGGUGCUGUCACUCGGUGCUGAAGUAUUGCCAGAGUACAAGUUGCAAUCUCCUCGCGUCCACAGAUGUACCAUCCUUCAUUAUUCCCCCUUUAAGGCAGUUUGGGACUGGCUUAUUCUCAUCCUAGUUAUAUACACAGCAAUAUUCACACCGUAUGUCGCUGCCUUUCUGCUCAAUGAAAAAUCCUUUGUGGAGAGUGGUAGCAAGACAAUGAAUGCUGAGCAUUACAGUGACCCACUCACCAUCAUUGACCUUAUUGUUGAUGUCAUGUUCAUCAUUGAUAUCCUUAUUAACUUUAGGACAACUUAUGUUAAUAAGAAUGAUGAGGUUGUUAGUCAUCAUGGGAAAAUUGCCGUACAUUAUUUUAAAGGCUGGUUCCUGAUUGAUGUUGUAGCUGCAAUUCCCUUUGACCUGCUGUUGUUCGGCUCAGAAACUGAUGAGACGACAACUUUAAUUGGCUUAUUGAAAACUGCACGUCUGCUGAGGCUUGUACGGGUUGCACGAAAAUUGGACAGAUACUCAGAAUAUGGUGCUGCAGUACUCCUGUUGCUUAUGGCAACAUUUGCCCUGAUUGCUCAUUGGUUAGCGUGUAUAUGGUACGCUAUUGGGAAUGUAGAACGUCCUGGGCUACCUGAGCCAAAGAUUGGCUGGCUUGAUGACCUAGCAAGACAGACCCAUCAACCGUUUACAAAUGCCUCGGAUGGAGGUGGGCCCACUAUCAAGUCUAAAUAUAUCACCGCCCUCUAUUUUACAUUUAGUAGUCUAACAAGUGUCGGAUUUGGAAAUGUCUCUCCAAAUACCAACUCAGAGAAAGUGUUUUCAAUAUGUGUUAUGCUCAUAGGAUCCCUCAUGUAUGCCAGUAUAUUUGGAAAUGUCAGUGCAAUUAUUCAGCGUCUUUACUCUGGGACAUCCCGCUACCACACACAGAUGAUGAAAGUUAAAGAGUUCAUACGUUUCCAUCAAAUCCCAAACCCCCUACGCCAACGCUUGGAAGAAUAUUUUCAACACGCUUGGUCAUAUACUAAUGGUAUUGACAUGAACAUGGUUCUUAAAGGUUUUCCAGAGUGUCUGCAAGCAGAUAUCUGCCUUCAUCUUAACAGACAGCUACUGGAAAGUAGUCAUGCAUUUAAAGAUGCUAGUCCAGGGUGCCUGAGGACACUCUCUAUCAGGUUUAAGACAACCCAUGUUCCACCAGGCGACACAUUGGUCCACAGAGGGGACAUCCUGGAUGCCCUCUACUUUGUAUCUAGGGGCUCAAUAGAAAUACUGAAGGAGGACAUCGUACUUGCAAUAUUAGGUAAAGAUGAUGUUUUUGGUGAGAACAUCUGCCACUAUGAGACAGUGGGGAAGUCAAGCUGUAAUGUCCGAGCACUUACUUACUGUGACCUCCAUAAGAUACAGCGUGAUGACCUCCUAGACAUUCUAGAGAUGUAUCCAGAGUUUGCUGAGCAUUUUACCAAAAAUCUAGAGGUCACAUUUGACCUAAGAGAUGAGGAUUUGGUUGUGUGUCCCCAAGAUGACGAAGACUCAGAAGGGGAUGAGACACCAAGAAUGAAGUUUCUGCGCAAUAGGCGCAACAAGUCUUCCAUAUAUAGGAAAAAUGAAAACAUGAAAGAUAAAACAGAAAGUUUUCAUCCAUCCCGGAGACGACGGGGUCGAAGGAGAGAAAGUGAUGUUACCCAUAGUAUAGCAUCCAUCUCCAGUGAUGAAGACAUGAGAGAAAGUGGUGUAGGAAUCUUGGAAUUCUCUCCAGAGAAGGCUGGGAUGGAUGUCACUCCUGCUAAUUUUGUCUUUCAGAAAAAACGUUAUGAAGAUAGAAAACGCCAUUCUGGCACUUUAACUUCCAUAGCUGGUGCCCUAUCAAGUGUGAAUAAUGUGAUGAGCGCAUUAACAGGAGGAUCAGCUGCCCGAAGACAGAGCACUGAGAUGGCGCCACUGCUCCAGAAAGAUGGUGCUGCCAGUCCAUCCACACAGAGAAAGGCUACAGUCUCAAGUUCCAGUGUUCCAAAAUCCACAUCAAGUAUGACACUCCCUGUCUCUAGUCCUUCCAGCCAAUCACAGUUUGACGAGUCACAUGAGCUACAAAAGGUUGACACACAAGAUGUACAUGAACAUCAAAUAUCUGCUCCAUCUGGUGGCAUGGAUGUCGAAGUACAGCUUGCAGAGCUUGGAAAGCAACUGAAUAGGUUAGAACAAAAGAUGACAUCAGACAUUCACAUGAUUCUAGCUCUGUUGAAGUCGCAACAAGGUUGCUCGAUUGCCAUGCCAACAAUGCCUGUUGCCACGGCUACAGCUACAUUUCCCGCUCAAUCUAGUAGUAACAUGGUGCCAAGUAGUGAGGUAAACAGUGGCCAGAGUGUGUCAUCUCCAACAGAGAGCCCUAUAUUCCCUCCUCCUCCCCCAGCUUAUGAAGCCAGACAGGGAGAUUAUCCAAUGUCAACAGCACAGAGUGAAAUCUUACCUCCCCCUAUCACUUGCCAGCCUAGUCAACCAAGCUCACAAUCUUCAACAACAAGUAAUUUGUCCCACACGCAACAGAGACAGGUGGGAUUUCCUGAUAGUUCUAGCAUGAAGAAUACAUCAGUGUGAACUGAAAUUAAAUAGUAUAUAACUGCAUAUAUCAGAAGUUGCUGAAUAUUAGUGGUUUGACGAAGCUAGGCUCAUCUCCA